AUGUCUACUGUGAACAAUAGUUCAUAUCAAAGUGAUAAAUCUUUCGCUAGUUCAGAAAUUUCUCUACCUCGUCCAAUUCGUUUUUGGCUUAUGCUUCUAUUUAAUAUUCCAUUAGUUAUCUGUAGUUUUUGUCUAAUUCUACAGAUUAUUAUUGAUCGAAUUCAACGAUAUGCAUUACAAAAUCAUACGAUUCUUCUUAUAUUAGUCUUUGGUUCACCUAUUCAAUUGAUGGAUAUCAAUUUUUAUCUUGUUUUCUUUCAAUAUGGUUCAGUUCAACCAUCGAAACCUUUUAUUUGUCUUCUAUGGUGGUCAGCUGAUUAUGGUUUUUAUACUGGAGUAAAUCGUACAUAA